AUGAUCAGUACCGAGGGUGCUGAAGGUGGAGGAGACCAGCCCUGCUUUCGGCUGGAACCUUUGAACGCGCACCUAUCAGGCAAAGCGGGUGAAACCCACCUUCUCUAUGGGGACACGGACGCCACCUCUAAAGUGACCGCCAACUGUGUGCAAGACAUUGAGGAUAGAAUUUUGCGGAUCACUGGUUAUUACGGCUAUUAUCCGGGCUACUCCAGUCACAGAAGAGAGGAGGGUUCUGAGUCUCGUGCAGACACACCAGGCAGCGAGGCCAGUGGAGAGGGGACAUCGUACCAGACGUGUGCUAACACAGUGCUGAAGGUGCUGGGUGGCCUCCUAUUGGUCCUAUGUGUCUCCUCCUCCUGGGUGGGCACCACUCAGCUGGUCCAGCUCACCUUCAAGUCCUUCUCCUGCCCCUUCUUCAUCUCCUGGUUCAGCACCAACUGGAACAUCCUCCUCUUCCCUCUCUACUACGGAGGCCAUGUGGUCACCACCCGGGACAAGCAGACGCCUAUACAGAAAUUCAGAGAGUGCAGCAAGCUUUUCGGGGAAGAUGGGAUGACCCUCAAGCUGUUCCUGAAGAGGACAGCCCCCUUCUCCAUCCUGUGGACCCUGACUAACUACCUGUACCUGCUGGCCCUGAGGAAGCUGACCGCCACUGACGUCUCAGCCCUCUACUGCUGCCACAAGGCCUUCGUCUUCCUGCUGUCCUGGAUUGUCCUGAAGGACCGCUUCAUGGGUGUACGGAUUGUGGCAGCCAUAAUGGCCAUCACAGGCAUUGUCAUGAUGGCAUAUGCAGAUGGUUUCCAUGGGGACUCCAUCAUAGGUGUGGCCUUGGCUGUGGGCUCUGCCUCCACAUCGGCUCUCUACAAGGUGCUGUUUAAGAUGUUCCUGGGCAGUGCCAGCCUGGGUGAGGUGGCUCACUUCCUCUCCACCAUGGGUGUCUUCAAUCUCAUCUUCAUCUCCUUCAUCCCCCUCAUCCUCUACUUCACCAAAGUGGAGCACUGGGGCUCUCUGUCCUCGCUGCCCUGGGGAUACCUGUGUGGCCUGGCUGGGCUCUGGCUGGUGUUCAAUAUCCUGGUUAAUGUUGGUGUGGUGCUUACCUACCCCAUCCUCAUCUCUAUAGGAACACUGCUCAGUGUGCCCGGCAAUGCAGCGGUAGAUGUGUUGAAACAUGAGGUUAUCUUCAGUGUGGUACGUCUGGCUGCCACCUGCAUCAUCUGCCUGGGCUUCCUGCUGCUGCUGCUUCCUGAGGAGUGGGACUCCGUCACUCUGCGCUUCCUCGCCGCCUUUGCAGACAAGAAGUCUGAGGAGCAUGGCGAGGAGCUGACCGAGUCCAGCAUCCACACGCGCAGCCGCAGCCGAGCCAAUGGCACCGUCUCAAUCCCUAUGGCAUGA